CUAUGACAACAGGUCAGCUAACAAUUACAAAUGAAUAUUAGCCAACUGUAGUUUUUGAAAUCAAGGAGUGGUUUGAGAUCUAAAGGAAGAGAGGUGUUAAUCAGCUACUACAAGCAGCCAUUGAAGCAAGGCUGAUCAUGACAUCUUCAGCUAAAUCUGUAAAAUUCUCUACACCAGAGCAAGUGCAUGGGCCUUCGUCUCACAUUGUCCUCCCUCCCAAGACUCCAUACCCAGGAAAAACAGGAAGAGCCAGUAAUGAUGAUGAUACUAUCAAUCAUGGGAGGGACAAACCAACAGCUCCACUCACAGUCCACGAAGAGACUGGACAGAUGCAAAGGGAACAAGUGUCUUCAUCCACUGCUCCUUCCUCUAAAAGACGAUCGUCUGCAGUCAAAGCAUCAGUAGUCGCAGAGAAGCUGCGAAUGCAAACAAACGGUGACUCCCUUAAUUACAUACGGACCAUCAAGUACCAAGUGGCUACACUGCAUAAGCACUUGCUCAAAGUUGAAGACGAGAUAAAGCUCAUGAAUAAAGGAAGACGAACGCUUGAAUAUGCUGUUCAGGAUGCACGUAAGUCACUCUCUGUCAGUCAGCAAUCACUGAGUGCUCAGCAGAAGAAAGCAAGAGUAGGACAAGAAUGCAUGAUAGCAUUAUUUAGGGAAGAAACAAGGACACUUUCAAAGUGUAAAAGAGACCUCGAGUCUUACUUGCAGAGCAUCAGACACCAGCUACAUUCACUUGAUAGCAUGAGAAAGACAAUCAAGUCCAAAAUAUCCUCACUCUCUAAGUCUUUACAACUAGAUGCUCAAAGCUUUAAGCUCUACAAUGGACCAAUUGAUGAUACUGGCCCAUUAAGCACCAAGCCCAGACAUUAUGAAACCAAAUGCUCCAAGCCUUCUUCUCCUUCCUCUGACACCAGUUUCAUACCUCAGCAGCUAUUGACUCAGUUGCAUGAUUUGCUGCAGUCCUCAAAAGAGAUGAGGGCUGGUAUUAAAGGAUUGGUCAUGUCAGUACACACACGUCAACAUGAUGCUCACAAGAAAGUCAAUGGUAUGCUAACUCAGAGUGUAAAGGAAGCAGAGAAGCAUAAGAGUCAGCUUACAAUGGAGAAGGGACACAUUAGAUUACAGCAGAACUCAAUUGGCCAGGAAAUGCACAAUACAGAAAUUGCAAUUGGCCUUGUUUCUGGUCCCAUCUCAGAAGUACACAAGAGUGUAGGAGAAAGGAAAGAUAGGCCGCUGUCAAGAUUAAGGCCAGCCACUGCUAAUUGUGAUGAACCUGUGGGUCAACAUGUUAAGGAAGCAAGAGCCAAACUGAAAAGGCAACUCUCUGCUUCACAGGCAAAGAUGACAUCAGUGGCACAAACAGAGCAUUCUCUUGCAUCAAAAUACCAAGAGGAAUCACUCUCUGCAAGCUUUGACUCUCACGUACUUCGAGUGAGACGAAUGUCACUCGAUAACAGGUGGGCAUCUUAACUAUUGGGCAAACCUUUGAAUCAAAAGUUUGCAAA